UACAAACACACCAUAAAAUUCCAAAGUUUUGGUGAUCAACACACCACUGACUCUCAUAUAAAAAUAUAAGUCUGUGGGUAGCUGGUAUCAUUUGUGAUUCCUGUGCUUCAGACAAUAAUUUCCUUGUUUCCAAUAUCAUCACAUCAUGUUAAAGGUGACUUUCACCUUGCUAAGCGUAAUAGUAGCCGUUGCUUUAGGGCAACCAGGAUGCGGGCCAGACGAGUACAUGUGCAGUGACGGAAUCUGUAUCCCUGCAAAUUGGGAAUGUGACCGAUGGGAUGAUUGUGCAGACGGGUCUGACGAAGUAAACUGCGCUUGUGAGCACCGAUGCCCAGACGGGAAAUGCAUUGAGGAAAACUGGAUCUGCGAUGGAUGGACAGAUUGCAGUGAUGGCUGGGACGAAGCCAAUUGUACGUGUGACUUUCAAUGUCCGGAUGGUCGUUGCAUCCCAUCGCAUUGGGUUUGCGAUGGUUGGAACGAUUGUUCAGACUCGUGGGACACUGUUGACGAGCAGGACUGCCCAUGUCCCGGUGAAACCGUCAAGUGUCCCAAUGUGAAUAAGUGCAUCCCAAUUUGGCAGUGGUGUGAUGCGGACGGAAUUUGGGACUGUCCUGAAGGCACCGACCAAGCGAACUGCACUAUGCCCUCGCAUAGCAUGAAAAAAAGUAAUACAUUCACUCAUCAUGAUGAUGAAUCGCUCAACAAACUGACAAAAGAAGAUCAAGCUCAACGUAAACGAUUGAACCAAAUGUAUCGCAGAUUCAAUUCACAAUAAAAAAUAAUGUUUCUAAAAAGGUAAA